UAGUGAAUGCAGGGUCCGGGGAGACCGGAUAUAGUGAAUGCGGGGUCCUGGGAGACCGGAUAUAGUGAAUGGGGGGUCCGGGGGGAGACCGGAUAUAGUGAAUGCAGGGUCCGGGGAGACCGGAUAUAGUGAAUGCGGGGUCCGGGGAGACCAGAUAUAGUGAAUGGGGGGUCCCGGGGAGACCGGAUAUAGUGAAUGCAGGGUCCGGGGAGACCGGAUAUAGUGAAUGCGGGGUCCGGGGAGACCGGGGAGAGCGGAUAUAGUGAAUGCAGGGUCCGGGGAGACCGGAUAUAGUGAAUGGGGGGUCCGGGGAGAGCGGAUAUAGUGAAUGCAGGGUCCGGGGAGAGCGGAUAUAGUGAAUGCAGGGUCCGGGGAGAGCGGAUAUAGUGAAUGCGGGGUCCGG